AUGACAAGCGGGGAUCAGUGCAACGGCUUUUCCUCCAGGGUCAACUCGGGCAAGACGCCGCCCCCGGCGCCCUCAGCGUUCGCCAAAAGAGCGAGGGAGCUCGAGGCGAAACAGGGGAUAGGCGACAACGGUGACUUGCCGCCGGCCAACUACCCCGCGGGCUUCCGAAGGGCGAAGGCGGGGACCUUGCCCUCCAACGUCCAGCUCGCGGCUCAGCGCUUCGCCGCGGCAUCGAGCACGCUUCGCAGCUCGGCAGCAGCGGCUGCUGCCACUGUGUCGGCGGACUCGUUUCAGGAGCAGCUCCAGCGGCAGAGCUUCGCACCGCCCGCGUCGACGGCCCCCGUGCGACCUGGUUUACGUCACUCGGCCUCGGUCGCUUCUUCAGCUGCUUCCUCUGCAUUGACUGAGCGGAACAGCCGCCUCCGCUCUGGCUCGCUCACCCUCCCCUCGGCGGUCUCUCCAACGCGUUCGGCUCGUCCCUCUUCUCCAACGUCCAUGGACUCCAGCGCAGACGAUUUCGAUGUCCACACACUGGACUAUCUGGGUCUUGACGAGACCCUCCGCCACCCGCCCGCUGCUACCAUCUCGGAGCUGCACAACCAGGCCCAAGCCGCGAUCACAGGCAAUCUCGCUGCGAACCCGGCGCCCGCCUAG